ACGCCAUUUUUGUUCGGAUCAUCGGCCACGUCUUAACUUCAUAGCCGAGGUUUCUUGUUUAGAUCUAAUACUGGAUUUUAUUCGUUGAAUUUAACAAUAUAUAUAUAUAAUACAGUGAAUAUAUUCUUAAAAAACAUCAAAAAUGCCUUUGAGGUUAGAUAUUAAAAGAAAAUUGACGGCCAGGUCAGAUAGAGUUAAAUGUGUAGAUCUUCAUCCAAAAGAACCAUGGAUGUUGUGUUCCUUAUAUCAAGGCAAUGUUAACAUUUGGAAUCAUGAAACUCAAACGCUUGUUAAGACAUUUGAAGUAUGCGACUUGCCAGUUCGUGCAGCUAAGUUUGUACCACGCAAGAAUUGGGUUGUCACAGGAUCUGAUGAUAUGCAGAUUAGAGUAUUCAAUUAUAAUACUUUAGAACGUGUACAUUCUUUUGAAGCACAUAGUGAUUAUGUCAGAUGCAUAGCAGUGCAUCCAACUCAGCCAUUUAUCUUAACCAGCAGUGAUGACAUGUCAAUUAAAUUAUGGAAUUGGGAAAAAUCUUGGAUAAGUCAACAAAUUUUUGAAGGACACACGCAUUACGUCAUGCAAAUUGUGUUUAAUCCAAAAGACAAUAAUACAUUUGCUAGUGCAUCAUUGGACAGAACGGUUAAAGUAUGGCAAUUAGGAUCAUCCACUGCUAAUUUCACACUGGAGGGUCAUGAGAAAGGUGUCAAUUGUGUGGAUUAUUAUCACGGUGGUGAUAAACCUUAUUUAAUGUCAGGAGCGGAUGACAAAUAUGUCAAAAUUUGGGAUUAUCAAAAUAAAACUUGUGUUCAAACAUUGGAAGGCCAUACACAAAAUAUCUCAGCAGUUUGUUUCCAUCCAGAAUUACCUAUCGUUUUAACUGGUUCUGAAGAUGGUACUGUUAGAAUAUGGCAUGCUGGAACGUACAGACUGGAAUCCUCUCUUAAUUAUGGUUUUGAAAGAGUUUGGACUAUUGCUUGCAUGCGAGGCUCAAACAACGUUGCUAUAGGUUAUGAUGAAGGAAGUGUCAUGGUAAAAGUUGGUAGAGAAGAACCAGCUGUUUCUAUGGAUUCAUUAGGUGGAAAAAUUGUAUGGGCUAAACACAGUGAAAUUCAACAAGUUAAUUUAAAAGCAUUAGGAGAAGAAGCUCAAGAUGGUGAACGUUUACCAUUAGCUGUCAAAGAUAUGGGUGCUUGUGAAAUCUAUCCUCAAACUAUUCAGCAUAAUCCAAAUGGAAGAUUUUUAGUAGUUUGUGGAGAUGGAGAAUAUAUAAUUUAUACUUCUAUGGCAUUGAGAAAUAAAGCUUUUGGACAAGCGUCAGAAUUUGUUUGGGCAGCUGAUUCAAGUCAGUAUGCUGUAAGGGAAAGUACUACGUCUGUCAAAGUCUUCAAAAAUUUCAAAGAGAAGAAAAAUUUUAAACCAGACUUUGGUGCUGAUGGCAUAUUUGGAGGAUAUUUACUUGGAGUAUCAUCUGGAUCUGGUUUAUCUUUCUUUGAUUGGGACACAUUAAAAUUAAUUAGACGUAUUGAUAUUCAACCUACACAUGUUUAUUGGGCUGAAAAUGCUUCUCUUUUGGCAUUAGCUACCUCAGAUCAAUAUUUCAUUUUAAAGUAUCAUGCUGAUGCUGUUGCUAAUGCAGCUGAGAAUGCUGAGGAUAUAGAAGAUGCAUUUGAGAUGGUAGCAGAAAUGACGGAAGUAGUAAAAACAGGUCUAUGGGUUGGUGAUUGUUUUAUCUAUACGAAUAGUGUUAAUAGAAUAAACUACUUUGUUGGUGGAGAAGUAGUCACAGUUUUUCAUCUAGAUAGGCCAAUGUAUUUACUUGGUUAUGUACCAAGAGAUAAUAGAUUGUAUUUAUGUGAUAAAGAACUGUCCGUUGUCUCUUAUUCUUUAUUACUGUCUGUAUUAGAAUAUCAAACAGCUGUUAUGCGAAAAGAUUUUGAAACUGCUGACAGAGUCUUGCCAACUGUACCUAAAGAACAUCGUACAAGAGUAGCACACUUCUUAGAAAAACAGGGAUUCAAAGAACAAGCUUUGGCUGUCUCAACUGAUCCAGAUCACAGGUUUGAAUUAGCAUUGGCAUUGGGAGAUUUGACAACAGCACAUUCCCUUGCUAAAGAAGCAAAUAGUCAACAAAAGUGGCGACAAUUGGCAUCUUUAGCAACGCAAAAAGGAAAACUAUGCUUAGCUCAAGAAUGUUUACAUCAAGCUCAAGACUUUGGUGGUUUACUUUUGUUAGCAACUAGUACUGGAAAUGCAAGCAUGAUUCAAAAACUUGGCGCUGAUGCUGAUGAAAUGGGCAAAAACAAUAUCUCAUUUUUAUCAAAUUUCAUACUUGGAGAUAUUGACAAAUGUAUUGAAAUUCUUUUAAAGACAAACAAAAUCCCAGAAGCUGCUUUCUUCGCUAGAACUUAUGCACCGAGUAAAAUAUCAUCAAUUGUUCAAUUGUGGAAAGAAAAAUUAUCAGCGGUUAGUGAAAAAGCUGGACAGAGUUUAGCUGAUCCAGAACAAUAUGAAAAUCUAUUUCCUGGAUAUAGAGAAGCAUUGAAAGUUGAACAAUUCUUGAGAGAAGAGAAUAAAAGAAAAAUUCCUGCAUCCAUGUUCCCAACAAUACAGCCGAACAUUGACCGUAAACCAAUAGAAGAAAUGUUGGCAGCUGAAGCAGCAGGAAAAUUCAAUUAUACUGUAAAUCCUGGUACCAGUACCGUAGAACCUGAAACUACGCAACAAUCACAGGAAGAUUUACUCAACAGAUUACAAAAUAUUGAGAUUACAGCUAAACCAAGUUUAGCAAAAAGUGUAGUUCCAGAAAAGGUGAUCAAAACAAGCAAUUCCAGGCCAUUGACUGUUGACGAUGAUGAUCUGGAUCUUGAUCUUGAACUCGAUGAUACGAUCGAUUAUACUACGAAUUUAAUUAAAAUGGCGUGAAUUUGGAAGAUGAGGAUCUUUUGGAAGAAGAUUAGCCGAUAAAUCAGAAAACGUUAAACGUAUCUAUUACACAAACGACAAUUUCAUUCCCCCUUCCAUCAGUCAUUCCCCAAAGAAUCUAAAAGAUUUCUUUAGAAACAAAGUAUUACAAGAAAACAAAAAAA